AUGCAGCCGUCUCUUCAUUCUUUACCUCUUUUUCCUCAAUUUGCUCAUUUGUUUAUUCAAUCGGACACACAGCCAAUCAAUAACCAUUUUUCUUUCCCUCCAUUUCCCAAACCCACGGCCGCUAUCACUUUUUGUUCCUUUCUCUCUUAUCCCGUUAACUCACCUUUUCUCUCGGAUUUUUCCUUUUAUUUUGCUUCAAUCUUUUUCUAUCCCUUUCAUGUAUUUACUCUUUUUUCUACUUUUUUUAUCAUUUUUCUUUUUCAGUGUUUUACACCCUCUUUUUUCAUAACUCUUUUUUCUCUUCCCUUCAUUUAUUUGCUUUUCUCUUUCUUAUUAUUUUUACGUUCAGUUUUUUCACCCGCUUUUUUCUUCACUUCUUUUAUUUUCCCUUCGCUUAUUUGCUUUUUUCAUUCUUUUUAUAAUUUUCUUUUUCUGUUUUUUUCACCCUCUUUUUUCAUAACUCUUUUUUUCUCUUCCCUUCGUUUAUUUGCUUUUUCCCUUUCUUUAUAUUAUUUUCACGUUCAGUUUUAUAUACCUUCUUUUUUUCUUCCUUCCUUUUUCUCUUCCCUUCGUUUAUUUGCUUCUCUCUUUCUUUUUAUUAUUUUCCUUUUCAGUUUUUUCACCCUCUUUUUUCUUCCCUUCGUUUAUUUGCUUAUUUUCUUUCUUUUUAUUAUUUCCCUUUUCAGUUCUCUCUGUAGUAUUCCCUCGCACUGUUUCAUUACCACCAACUGUCUCUCUCUCUCUCUCUCUCUCUCUCUCUCUCACUUAUCUAUCUAUCUAUCUAUCUAG